UCAAGCUGGUGGCCAACAUGCACGGCGACGAGGCGCUGGGCCGCGCGCUGCUGGUGCGCCUGGCGCGCCACCUGGUCUCCGAGUGGCGGCGCGGCGACGGCCGCGUGCGCCGCCUGCUCGGCGCCACCGACCUCUACCUGCUGCCCAGCCUCAACCCGGACGGCUUCGCGCGCGCCGUGGAGGGCGACUGCGCCUCGGCGCACGGCGGCCGCGACAACGCGCGCGGCCGGGACCUCAACCGCAGCUUCCCGGACCAGUUCGGCGCCGCGCCGCCCGACCUGGACGCGGUGCCCGAGGUGCGCGCGCUCAUGGAGUGGAUGCGGCGCAGCCGGUUUGUGCUUUCGGGGAACCUACACGGAGGCUCUGUUGUUGCCAGCUAUCCCUUUGAUGACUCGCCCACACACAAGACCUCUGGAUUCUACAGCAGAUCCGCUGACGAUGCCGUCUUCAAGUACUUGGCCAAGGCCUAUGCCUCACACCACCCGAUUAUGAAAACGGGCACCCCAAACUGCCCCGGGGAGGAGAAAGAGACUUUCAGAGAUGGCAUCACCAACGGCGCCCAGUGGUACGAUGUGCCAGGCGGCAUGCAGGAUUACAACUACAUCUGGGAGAACUGCUUCGAGGUAACCUUCGAGCUCUCCUGCUGCAAAUACCCCCCCGCUUCGCAGCUUCAGCAGGAGUGGGAGAAUAACCGGGAAUCUCUCCUCACCUUCAUCGAACAAGUUCAUAUUGGGGUCAGAGGAUUUGUGCAGGAUUCCGUCACGGGGGCCGGCUUGGAGAACGCAACGAUCGUCGUGGCAGGCAUCGCCCACAACAUCACAACCGGCCGGUUCGGCGACUAUUAUAGGCUGCUGCUGCCGGGAACCUACAACAUCACAGCCGCUGCCACGGGCUACCAGCUGGCCACGGCAGAGAACGUCGAGGUGAAAGAAGGGAACGCCACGGCGGUGGACUUCGCGCUGCAGCCCACCGUGCCGGUGCCGGCGUCCAGCCCAACCCAGCAGGCACCCGUGGCGGCCACGGACCCUGUCGCCAAUGCCACAAACGGGACCACCGCAGAUGGACUGUCUCCUGCCCACCAGGUGAUCCAGCCGGAGGAUUUUCGCCAUCACCACUUCCCCGACAUGGGGAUCUUCCUGCGGAAGUACGCCACCGAAUACCCAAAUAUCGCUCGUCUCUACUCAGUAGGCAAAUCAGUGGAGCAGAGAGAACUGUACGCAAUGGAAAUCUCGGAUAAUCCGGGCAUUCACGAAGCAGGGGAGCCGGAGUUCAAGUAUGUAGCGAACAUGCACGGCAACGAAGUGGUGGGCCGGGAGCUGCUGCUCAACCUCAUCGAGUACCUCUGCAAGAACUACGGCACCGACCCCGAAGUAACCGACUUGGUCCAAACGACGCGGAUCCACAUCAUGCCGUCGAUGAACCCGGAUGGCUAUGAGCGGUCCCUGGAAGGAGACACGCAGGGCACCGUCGGCAGAAACAACAGCAACAACUUCGACCUGAACCGCAACUUCCCCGACCAGUUCUUCCAGGGCACCGACCCGCUGCAGCCCGAGACCAUCGCGGUCAUGAACUGGCUGAGGACCUAUCCCUUCGUGCUGUCGGCAAACUUGCACGGAGGCUCUCUGGUAGUUAAUUACCCAUACGAUGACAACCGACAAGGGGUUGCCGCCUACAGUAGAUCCCCCGACGACGACGUCUUCCGACAAAUUGCUCUUUCCUACGCCAAGGAGAACACACAGAUGUUCCAGGGCCACCCGUGCGAGGACAUGUACGCCGACGAGUACUUCCCCCACGGCAUCACGAACGGAGCGAGCUGGUAUACCGUCCCAGGGGGCAUGCAAGACUGGAACUACCUGCACACAAAUUGCUUUGAGGUGACCAUUGAGCUGGGCUGCGUAAAAUAUCCAAAGGCAGAGGAGUUGCCGAAGUAUUGGGAGCAGAACCGCAGGGCCCUCCUGCAGUUCAUGAAGCAGGUUCACAGAGGCGUCAAAGGCUUUGUGCUGGACGCCAAAGAUGGACGGGGCAUCUUAAACGCAACGAUCAGCGUCGCCAACCUGGACCAUCACGUCGCCACCUACAAGAGCGGAGACUAUUGGCGCCUGUUGACCCCAGGGACCUACAAAGUUACCGCUUCCGCGCGAGGGUAUAAUUCAGAAACAAAGACAGUGGACGUUGGUGAUAAACUUGCUGUUCAGGUCAACUUUACUUUGACUCGGAAAGACACCAAAGUCGAGGAGGGGACAGUGCCAGAUCUCAGUAUGGCGGACACUGACGGCCCUGUCACCAAGGACUUCGAAGCCCUGAUCAAAGACCUCUCGGCCGAGAACGGCUUGGAGCGCCUGCUGCUGACGUCCUGGGCCGACGUCCAGCCUUCCCGUUACCGCCCCUACAACGACCUCUCCAUGUUUCUCAGAGGCCUGAAUCUCAACUACCCGCAGAUCACAAACCUCUCCAGCUUGGGCCAAAGCCGUGAGUUCCGUCACAUCUGGUCCCUGGAAAUCUCCAACAAACCCAACCGAUCGGAGCCAGAGGAACCGAAAAUCCGCUUCGUUGCCGGCAUUCACGGCAAUGCCCCGGUGGGCACGGAAUUGCUCUUGGCGCUGGCCGAAUUCCUCUGUAUGAACUACAAAAAGAACCCGGCGAUUACGAAGCUGAUUGACAAGACCAGAAUUGUGAUCGUCCCUUCCCUGAAUCCAGACGGGCGCGAGAUCGCUCAGGAGGGCGACUGCACCUCCAAGAUCGGCCUGACCAAUGCCAACGGCAAAGAUUUGGACACAGAAUUUACAAGCAAUUCCUCUGGGUCACGAGAGCCCGAAACGAAGGCCAUCAUGGAGAACCUGAUGCAGAAGCAAGACUUCACGCUCUCCGUUGCCUUGGACGGAGGGUCCCUGCUUGUGACGUACCCCUACGACAGGCCCGUGCAGACAGUGGAGAACAAAGAGACGCUGAGACACUUGGCCUCCCUGUAUGCGAACAGCCACCCCACGAUGCACCUGGGGCAGCCGAACUGCCCCAACAGGUCAGACGAGAACAUCCCUGGAGGCGUGUUGCUAGGAGCCGAAUGGCACAGCCACCUGGGCAGCAUGAAGGAUUUCAGUGUUAUGUACGGACACUGCCCCGAGAUCACAGUCUACACGGGGUGUUGCUACUUCCCCAGCGCUGGACAGCUGCAUACGUUGUGGCUGGAGAAUAAGAAAUCGCUGCUCAGCAUGCUAGUGGAGGUCCACAAGGGCGUCUACGGGUACGUCCGGGACAGACACGGCCGGCCAGUGGCCAAGGCGCAGAUCGUGCUGAACGACGGCGUGCGUGUCUGCACCAAGGAGGGGGGCUAUUUCCACGUCCUGCUGGCCCCGGGCUACCACAAGAUCCACGCCAUCGCCGAGGGCUACCAGCAGCAGCACGUCCAGGUCCUGGUUCGGGACGAGAUGGCCAGCUUUCUGCACAUCCAGUUUGACGUAGACAACAAGAUCUUCGGGCUCCCGAGAGAAUUGGUGGUAACCGUGGCAGGAGCAACCAUGUCCGCGCUGAUCCUGAUGGCCUGCAUCACCUGGUGCGUGUGCUCCAUCAAGUCCAACCGGCACAAGGACGGCUUCCACCGCCUCCGGCAGCACCACGACGACUACGAGGACGAGAUCCGCAUGAUGUCCACGGGCUCCAAGAAGUCCCUCCUGAGCCACGAGUUCCAGGACGAGACGGACACCGAGGAGGAGACACUGUACUCCAGCAAGCACUGACCCUCCCGGCAAAGGCAGGUCCGGCAAGACGGCACUCAUUUCCCGGGCGGCGGCCCCCGGGCCUCUGGCUCUUUGCCCUGCCCUGGCACGCCACACUUCUGGCCACGCGGCUGGCCAGGCCACGGACCGAGAAGCUCCCUGGAGCCAAGAGGCAGCCAGAGACAUCUCCCCUUCUUGGGCUCUUGUUUCCUCAGACCUUUUUGACACUCUUCAGUUCAUGCAAUUAAUUGGGGAAAGACACUGUAGCUUUCCGAGGUUUUGUCUAAGCUGCUGCCGCAGCAGCGUCCAGAUGGGUUUUGGAACCGGGUUCAGUUCUGCCUGGAGCAGCUUCACUGGUUCAUUGUACGAGAGUUUGAAAAUGAUGGUCUUUCUCCCCCUGUGGGGAAAUUAAGCUCCCGCUUCGGCUGAGAAUGACUUCAGGUCGGGUGGUUUUGGCAGAUGGCUUUACUGUUACCUGUGUGAUAAAACCAGCACGGCAGGAGGGUGAAUUGGGACGUGAGGAUCUUUUUCUCCCUCCAGCAGAGGCUGUGGUUUUUGGGGGAAAAAAUAAUAAAAUGUUCUCGUUGAAUUCUCUUGCACUGGCCCUGCUUCAGAAUUUCUGCUAUUUCUCUCUGAGAAUGUAGAAUAGCAAGAGAUGAGCUUCUGUACUUAAAAAUCCAAGUAACUUUUGAGCAGAUUUACGCUAGCUGGAUACCAAAUUUCCAGUGUGAUGCCAAGCUGCCUUUUCGCAGUUCUGUUGUGGACCGAGCCCUGUUCAGACGGACUGUCUGCCAGCUCACCUAACUGUAGCUGUAGGCCAGAAAAAUACUUUUAAUCUUUCCUCCUCAAAAAAGCAACUCUCUUGUUUCGAAAGUUCACCAGACCUGUUUCGGGAGAAAACUUGCUCUGUCGUUCCGUUCCAGUACCACGCCUGUUACAAGUUCAGUGCCCGUCUCUGCUCUUCUGCUGAACCCGGAUUUUGUAAGAAAUUCUGCUGCUCGUUUGCUCGUUUGCCAAGCCUCUGUUUCCACCCCAAGCUGUGUCGUGAUCUUCUCCUGUGGGGCACUGCUGUGGUUUGCCGUUCCUUGUGGUCGGGCCCUGGGGUCUCCAGUCGGGUGCCGGCAGGCCGAUUGCGUGCGAAGCAAUGGGCCACCCUCCGGCACCAUGUUUUUUGGGGUUCAGAAGAGAGGUUUUCUCUCUUGGAGCCUGUUCCCCGCCUGGUGCUUCAGUUCUUGGGCAAUUCACUCUCCUUCCGGCCUCACUAGCUGGCCUUCUGGGAAGCGAGUGCUUUAUGGCCAGCCGGUGGUUAUAUGAAUUAUCUCUGCCCCAGCCACCCCUGGCAGCCGUCCUGUGCGAGUGCCCACGACACCCAGGUUUCCAGGAUGCCCACCGACCCCGGAAGGGUGGAGAGACUCUCGCCUUUUUCCCCCAAGCACUUUGGUUUGAAAUUAAAUAGGGAUGUGCGAGAAGCAAAGCCGUUCCCCGAGGCCUGUGGCGGGCCUGCGACCUGCCCUGGAGACACUCGCCCUCCUCUCGGUACAUCGGAUGUGUCCGCUUUUGAAGCGCUUCUGUUUCUAGGCCUCAGCACUGAGAAGGGCAUUGACAGCGAGCAUUCAGUUGGAUGAAUGCUCGUUAGCGGUUGAACGACGAGGCCGAUGAGUGACGGAAGGGUGGAGGAUGGGUUCUGGCAAGGAAGGAACUGUACGAAUUGGUCCGGGUGCUGCCAGGCCAGAACGGAGGCUGGGCCCUCUUGCAUGGCCAUUUUUCAGAUGCAUUGGGGCGGUGGGCACUUGCUCUCCUCGAGCAGGGAAGGUGCCUGCCAAGGAGCAAGGCCCGAAGGGCCUAUCGGAUACUGGAGGAAGCGUGUCCAAGGGCCUCGUCUUUUACAUGCUGCCGGCUUCCCUUUCUGCCCCUCGCAGCUUUUAGGACAAAAUCAAGCCCUUUUAAGAUGAGCGUCCAGUCCUAGAACGUGCCACUCGUGGGAAUUCAGUGACACGCUCUGAUAGCGUCCCAACGGAGUUCUUCGAAUCCUCGAAGCAAAUGCUUUACAGCGCCUUGUUAAUUUUUUUAAAAGACCAUCCAAAGUGGCUAGGGAGCUCCCAAAGAGCCCAGUUCAGGUUCUGUGGAUGCCAUUUAAAAUAUUCCUAACCUGUUUGAUGCCUGCAGGCAGUUAGGGAGCAAAAAUGGUCCCUGGACCUCACACAGGAUGAUGGGAAUUGUGGUUCAGCAUAUUGGGAAGGAUCCAGGCUGUGGGGGAGGCCGCUUUUGAGUUUGAACGGCCUUCUGAGCGGAGUUUUCUAACUUGGAAUAUAUUCUGGUCUCUCCCAUCCUCCAGGACAGCCUUCCCUGAACUGGUUCCAUCCAAAUAUAUGUUCUACCACCUCCUGCCGUUCCUGACUAUUCUGGGUGGGGCUGAUGGGAGCAGAAAUCCAAAACAUUUGGAGAGCACCAGGCUGGUGAAAGUUGAGUCGGGAGGGAGAGCAGGAGGAAACCCAAGUGCCUGAAGCCCACCGAAAACCUAGAGUUGGGUAACCUGGUACCUUCUGCAUGUGGCUAGCUAAACUCUGGGAAUGCUUGAACAAGCGGCAUGUGAGCUGCAGGCCUGGUCGAGUUUUCGAAACAUCUGGAAUGUAUCAGGUUGUCCACGCUUGUCUUAACUUAACCAUUUAACCAUUCCAAUAGCGUGCCCUAAGUUCUUUCCUCAAUCGUGGCCUGCCUUAAUGGAGCUUCAGCUUUUCCUUUUUAAAAAAUAUCUCCUCCACGAUGAGCCGUUAAAGUUUCCUUUGGAGAAAAGUUGUGGAAUGUGUCGCUAACCCAUUUGGGGCGGUCGUCACACAUAUCGGUAUUUCUGUAGUCCAUGCAUCCCCCUACUCGGCUAUCUGAGAGGCAGUUUAAACAUCCAUUAAAUAUAACAACUCGGUCAGCAAUAAGUGGCAUCCGAGCAUCACGCUCGCCCCCAGUCCUUCCUUUAGCUCUCGUGUGGAACCCAGCAAAGAGCCGUCACGUGCAGGCAAAUUACGGUGUUUGUCUCGUACCAAAUAUGCAAGGUUUGUUUUUCUUUUUGCAAAAAUUAAAAGGGGCAACUGACCCAGCUCUUGUGCGACACCCGAUGCCUUUGAGACCCGGUGUUUGUCUUACUAACCCUCGAACAGCCUCCUGGCAGCUUGGUGGCACCAGAGGUGUCGGCCCCGACACCCAGCGUGCCCCAGGCAGGUGGUAGGGGGCAGGCAGGGCAGCACAGCUGGACCUAUCUGGAGGCCGACAGGUGGGGGGGGGCCGCGCAGGAGUCACUGCUCGCUUGUCACCGUUCUUGGGUCCACGCACUGUGUGCCUUCCGAAAAUGGAAAUUGAGGGGCUUGACUUGGGAAUGCGAACCGGCUGGAAUGAUUCGCAACUCGGUAUCUUUCCACAUCAACCAAGUCUUCUGUUCACGUGCUCUGGAUUUGUUUUGUUUUUAAACAUGUACACUGAAUUCUAAUAUGUAUAAAACUAUUUUACGAUGUCUCUC